AUGGAGAAGCCAGCGAAGUAUCUGUCGUCGGUGCAGGGGACCGGCCCCGCGCCGGUGCCUCUCGGGGAGAUGAUGUCGAACGGCACCGGGUCGGAAGCGACGGGCGAAGGCGAAAGGGACAGCUUGGUUUUACGCGCCGUGACAGGCUGCUUGCUCUUCGUCCUCAUCCUGUGGACCCUGCUGGGGAACAUAUUGGUGUGCUCGGCCGUACUGCGCUCGCGCCAUCUGCGGACAAAAGUGACCAACGUCUUUAUAGUGUCCCUGGCUCUGUCGGAUCUGUUCGUAGCCGUGCUGGUGAUGCCUUGGAAGGCCGUGGCGGAGGUGGCGGGGUACUGGCCGUUUGGCACUUUUUGUAACGUCUGGGUGGCUUUUGACAUUAUGUGCUCAACUGCCUCCAUCCUUAACCUUUGCAUCAUCAGCGUGGACAGAUACUGGGCUAUCUCCAGUCCUUUUCGCUACGAGAGGAAAAUGACUCAGAGAGUUGCUUUUGUCAUGAUUAGCAUCACUUGGACGUUGUCAGUGCUCAUUUCAUUCAUACCGGUCCAGCUCAACUGGCACAAAGCCAGCGGGGACGACGCGGUCGGGACAAGCAACUCCUCUGCGAGUCGCCACAUGGAAGAUAACUGUGACUCCAGCCUGAGCCGAGAGUACGCUAUCUCCUCGUCAUUGAUUAGUUUCUACAUCCCUGUGGCAAUUAUGAUAGUGACUUACACUCGAAUAUACCGGAUCGCGCAAAUCCAAAUCAGGAGAAUCGCUUCUCUAGAGAGAGCUGCGGAACACGCGCAAAGUUGCAGGACGAACAGAAUAGAGUGCCAACACCACAACACUUUAAAGACGUCCAUCAAGCGGGAAACCAAAGUGUUCAAAACCCUCUCUGUGAUUAUGGGUGUCUUUGUGUGUUGCUGGUUGCCCUUCUUCAUCCUGAACUGCAUGGUUCCCUUCUGCGACAAGCCGCCCACAGACCAUGACGCGGGCCUGCCGUGCGUCAGCGAGACCACCUUCGACGUUUUCGUGUGGUUCGGCUGGACCAAUUCUUCCUUGAACCCCAUAAUUUACGCAUUCAAUGCCGAGUUUAGGAAAGCCUUCGCCAGCUUGCUGGGCUGUCGAUACUUCUGCUCCAACACGCCUGUAGAAACGGUUAACAUCAGCAACGAACUGGUGUCCUACAACGAAGACACGUUGAUCCACAAGGAGAUCGCCAACGCCUACGUAAACAUGAUCCCCAAUGUAGUGGAAUGUGAGGAGACUUUUGACAGGCUGUCGCAGCUGACAGUCAACAAUGAGAACGCCACCGACUCUGUGUGUGACUUGGAGGACUGCGAAGCUGUUAUCAGUCUCGACAGCAUGUCGCCAUUCACACCCAAUGGAUUACAUUAA